AUGCAUUCUUCCGGAGCACUCAGCGUCCUUGUUCUCGCUGCCGCCGCCACGGUCACCGCCGUGCCGACUGGCACCACAUGGAGCAAUGCCACCAGGACGGUGUCUCUCACCGGUGUAACCCACUCCGUCGUCGCCGGUCUCGGUGGCCUCCGCUUCGACCCUGACAAUGUUGUCGCCGAGAUUGGCGACAUCGUGGAGUGGCACUUCCUCCCCAAAAAUCACUCGGUUGCGCAGUCCAACUUUGCCGACCCCUGCCAGCCCCUUGCUGACGGCACCUCCUUCUUCGCCGGCUUCAACUUCGUCACGCAGGAGAACCAGGCUCCCGACGUGUUCCAGGUUGCCGUCCAGGACACGAAGCCCAUCUGGUACUACUGCCCGCAGCAGACCGGCUCCCACUGCCAGAACGGCAUGGUUGGCGUCAUCAACCAAAACUUUGACAACCCUGCCGUCAGCCUCCGCAGGCACAAGGAGCUCGCUGCCAACACGGGGGUGUCUGUCGUUCCCCCGGUGCAGCAGGGGGGCAACGUCAUCCCCAACCCGAACCCUCUUGGGGGGUUCUAG